AUGCAUCUCAUAUAUUUCACCUUGCUCCUCUUCCUGUGCACCCAAACAAAUUAUGCCGCGACGGACACCAUCUUUGCCGGCCAAGCACUUUCUGUCAACGACAAGCUCGUCUCCAACAAUGGCAGGUACGCGCUUGGCUUCUUCAACACAAGCAGCAGCAAACCAUCACGAGACACCACCAACUGGUACCUUGGCAUAUGGUUCAAUACAGUCCCCAAAUUUACUUCUGCAUGGGUCCCAAAUAGGGAUAGGCCAAUCAAGAACACCACCUCACUGGAGCUCACAAUCUCCCACGAUGGCAACCUUGUCAUCUUAAACCAGUCCACGAAGUCCAUAAUCUGGAGUACACAAGCAAACAUCACAAGAAAUAGCACCACUGCUAUGCUCUUGAGUAGAGGAAAUCUCAUCCUAACAGAUUCUUCAAACUCAUCAGAGAUUUUGUGGGAGAGCUUUGAUCACCCUACAGACACACUUUUCCCUGGGGCGAAGCUUGGAUGGGACAAGCUCACUGGCCUAAACCGUCGUCUAGUUUCUUGGAAGAACUUGAACGACCCAGCUACCGGUGUGUACUGUGAUAGGUUAGACCCAAGUGGCGCCAAUCAGUUCUUGCUUACACCAAUGAACUCCUCCAUACCAUAUUGGUCGACUGGUGUAUGGAAUGGCAAAUACUUUGCCUCAAUACCAGAGAUGUCAGGCAACAACCCACCUUUUACUUCAAAUUUUGUUCACAAUGACCAAGAGAAGUACAUGACACUUACUGUAGUCGAUGAAUCAAUGGUUACUCGUAAUGUACUGGAUGUCUCAGGUCGAUCAAAACAGUUCGUUUGGUCGGAGGGUUCACAGGAUUGGACAAUGGUCUAUGCCCAACCGAAACUUCAGUGUGAUGUCUAUGCAAUCUGUGGACCAUUCACAAUUUGCUAUGAUAAUGCAGUUCCAUAUUGCAGUUGCAUGGAGGGCUUCACCAUAACAUCCCCCAAGUAUUGGCAGCUAGAAGAUACAACCGGUGGCUGCUCGAGAAAUACUCAGUUAGACUGCAUUAGCAAUAAAAGCACAACUCAUACCACAGACAAGUUCUACUCUGUGCCAUGUGUUAAGUUGCCUCAGAAUGCCCCAAAAGUAGAAGCUGUUGCAAGCGUGAGUGAGUGCGCACAAGUUUGCCUGAGUAACUGCUCUUGCACCGCAUAUUCCUUCAAUAAUGAAAGAUGUUCUAUCUGGCAUAAUGAACUCCUCAACAUAAGAGCACUACAAUGUAGUGGCACUGCCAGUUCAACUGGAGAAACUCUUUACCUUCGUGUUUCUGCUAAAGAUUUCCACAUAUCGAAAAACAACAGAAAGGGAAUUGUUAUUGGAGUUGCAACGGGUGCAGGCGUUUCUGCUCUGGGUUUAUUUGCACUUCUCCUGGUAAGGAUUUGGAGAAACAUAAGGAAGGGCUCUAGCCGUAUACUGGAUGGUGUUCAAGGCUGUAACAGAAUCAUUGCAUUUAAAUACACUGAUUUACAGCAUGCCACAAGAAAAUUCACAGAUAAGUUAGGGGCAGGCAGUUUUGGUUCUGUAUUCAAGGGGUUUUUAAAUGACUCAACUGCCAUAGCCGUGAAAAGGCUUGACGGUGCUUAUCAAGGAGAGAAGCAAUUUAGAGCUGAAGUGAGCUCGAUUGGAGCUGUCCAGCACAUCAAUUUAGUUAAGCUUGUUGGUUUUUGUUGUGAGGGUUCUAAGAGGUUGCUUAUUUACGAGCACAUGCCAAAUCGCUCACUUGAUGUGCAUCUAUUUAGAAACAACUCUACAAUGUUGAAUUGGAAUGUUAGGUACCAGAUAGCCCUAGGAGUUGCGAGAGGGUUAGCUUACUUGCAUGAGAGCUGUCGAGACUGCAUCAUACACUGUGAUAUCAAGCCAGAAAACAUACUUCUUGAUGCUUCAUUCGUUCCAAAAGUUGCAGACUUUGGGAUGGCAAAGCUCUUAGGAAGGGAGUUUACCCGAGUCUUGACUACAAUGAGAGGAACUGCAGGGUACUUUGCACCUGAAUGGAUUUUUGGGGUUGCUAUUACACCAAAAAUCGAUGUUUAUAGCUACGGUAUGGUGCUGCUGGAAAUUAUAUCUGGAAAGAGAAACUCAUGCGCACCAUGUACUAGCGGUGGCAACCUUGAUGUUUAUUUCCCUGUGUAUGCUGCACAUAAGCUUCUUGAAGGAGAAGUCAGGAGUUUGGUAGAUGAAAUGUUACAUGAUGUUGUCAAUCUGGACCAGGUUGAACUGGCUUGCAAGGUUGCAUGUUGGUGUAUCCAAGAUGAUGAGUUUGAUCGACCAACGAUGGGAGAGGUAGUUCGGAUUCUGGAAGGGCAAAUUGAAAUCGGGAUGCCCCCGAUACCAAGACUGCUUCAAGCUAUGGCUGGGAACUCGGUUGUGACAUGA